AUGCGUCAUGAUUCACACUUCAAACAAGAUGGCGUCAACAUUUAUUUUGAUGUGAGACUUGUGUCCUUAUCCAACAAAACAACCUUUACAACGUGAUAACAGAAGUACAGUAGUAAAUGCAAGUGUCAUUAGUUGCCUGUUAAUCUAACAUUAUACUAGUCCGACACUGAUCAUAUAGUUUGGAGCUUCAGCAUGAAAUCCGACGUGGAGGAACUGAUGCCCAGGCUUCUGCCUGUGGAAACAUGCGACACUGGCGAAGACUUCAAACUAAACGAGCCUCCAAGAAAUCCCCAGGAGUAUUUGAGACAGGUUCAAUUAGAGGCGUCUCUCUGUCCAGAUGUUGUGGUGGCGAAGAUUGAUCCAAAGAAAUUGAGAAAGAAACAGUCAGUGAACGUGUCGCUCACAGGUUGCCAAGCUGCUCCACAAGGAUUUUCACCGAGUUUAAAAUGGCAGCGACAGCAAGUCAGCAACUUCUCAGAAAUAAGACAGAGUAUCAGUAAACACAGACAACACUGGAGUGGUCAUGCUUUGGAUGACAAUGUGUUAAUGCCAAAACAGGACUCGGAGGAACAAUGGAAAAAGUUCUGCCUGGGUGAAAAUGUUUAUCUGAACUCCCCUCCAAUUGACCCUGGUGCUGAAGAUCGAGGCCUUGAUUAUGUGAAGGUUGGUUUUCCACCUUUCCUUAGCAUAGUGAGCAGAUUAAAUCAGGCCACAGUCUCUGCAGUUUUGGAGUACUUGAUAAACUGGUUUGAAGAGAGAGAGUUUGUCCCACAGUUGGGAAGAUGGCUGUAUGCACUGCUGGCUUGCCUUGAGAAACCUCUUCUCCCUGAAGCACAUUCCCUAAUAAGACAGCUGGCCAGACGGAGUUCUGAAGUGCGGGCCAAUCUGGAAAGCCAGGAAGAUGAAAGGUUGUCUCCUCUAAACUUGAUGAUCUGCCUUGUUGCUAGGUACUUUGAUCAGAACGACUUGGCCGAUAAGGAGGACUAAACGGGAUAAUGUGAAACUGAAACUGGUCACAGCAUGAACUGUAGCUCUAUGAACCCAUCACCAUGCUCAGAUUUGGGAUCCACGGAAAGUUGCUCUGUGGCAAUUUGAAGCCUUUUCAUACUAAGCAACCAUUGAGUCUUGUGAAGAAAAUGUGCCCAAUAAAUGGUGAAAUUUUCUUUUUUUUCUAUUAUAGGUUGUUUUCAACUUCUGCUAUUGCUGGAAUUAAAUAAAAUGUUUGCUUUCACAA